AUGGCGACCACCACCACCCUCUUCCAUCCGCUCUCCGUCCCCAUCGCCGGCGGCCGCGUCCGGCGCUGCCCCCUCACCCUGCUCGCCCCCACCCGCACGGCCCCCCGGCGGUCGACGCCCCUCCUCGUCGCCCGAGCCAAGCGCACCAAUAACUCCAGCGCUGCCCCGAAGCGAGAGGCGGAUGAGGAGGUGGAGGUCGAGGAGGAGCUGCCGUGGAUCCAGGACAAGGCGCUGGACCUCGUGGAGUUCACCGGCACCGUUACGCAGGCCAUCCCCGGCCCGCGCGUCGGCUCCAGCCCCGUGCCGUGGCUCCUCGCCGUGCCGCUCGCCUACGUCGGCGUCUCCUUCGCCCUCGCCGCCGUCCGCACCUUCCGCAGGUUCACCUCCCCGCGCACUCAGAAGAAGAAGAGGGUGACCAAGAAUAUAUUCUUGUUGAAGUCACUAGACGAGUUGUUUCAGAAGGGCAGGGAAGCAGUGGAUUUUCCAGCUCUUCAAGAACUAAUGCAAAAGACAGGAUUUGACAUGGAUGAUGUAGUAAGAAAGUACAUCCGAUACACACUGAAUGAAAAACAAUUCAAUCCUGAUGUGGUUGUGGAUCUCAUACAUCUUAGGAAAGCAUCGAUGUUAGAAGAUAAUGAAGUUGCUGAAAUUCUGAAUGAGAUAUCAAGACGAAUUGUUCGGGAAAAAGGUCCAAUAGUUAUGGACUUAUCUGGGUUUACAGAGCAAGGUUUUAAGCGGAAGCUUGCUGUGCAAACAUUGUUUGGAAAAAUCAUGUACUUAUCAGAGCUGCCAGAGUUCUGUUCUCGGGACGGCUCGCUUGUUGUCAAAGAAAUCUUUGGAGUUACAGACGAGGAUGCAGACAGCCUUCGUAGUCGUACCCUUUCUGAAGCCGGUGAUAUCGAGUCGUUAGAAAGGAUGGUCGAUGAUUCUGACUUUGAACAUGGUACCCCAUCAUCAUCUUGA